GUUAGAGAAGAGCCCCAUGCGGCGCCCUAAAUAGCUUUGGGCGGGACCGGAAGUCUCAAAACCCUAAGAUCUCUUGCAUCGAUUAUCUCGGUCUUCAGUUCUCGCAAAGAUCAGACAAGUUAUUUGAGCAUCUAGGUUCCAGCGAACUUCACUUUCAUUCUCUCUCAUGGCGAUCGACAAUCUUUUUAAAAAUGAUGCGACUGAAGAAAAGGGGGAGAGAGCCAGAAUGGCGUCCUUUAUUGGAGCAAUGGCGAUUGCUGACCUGGUUAAGACAACCUUAGGGCCAAAGGGAAUGGAUAAAAUUUUGCAAUCAACAGGCAGAGGCCACAGUGUUACUGUUACAAAUGAUGGUGCUACCAUCUUAAAGUCCCUUCAUAUUGACAACCCAGCUGCUAAAGUCCUUGUUGAUAUAUCCAAAGUUCAAGAUGAUGAGGUUGGUGAUGGGACCACUUCAGUUGUUGUUUUGGCUGGAGAGCUUUUAAGAGAAGCAGAGAAGUUGGUGGCAGCAAAAAUUCAUCCCAUGACAAUAAUUUCAGGUUAUCGGAUGGCUGCCGAAUGUGCUCGGAAUGCUUUGUCACAGAAAGUCAUGGAUAAUAAAGAGGAUGCAGAAAAGUUCAAGUUAGACUUGAUGAAGAUUGCAAUGACUACUUUGAGUUCAAAAAUUCUAUCCCAGGACAAGGAACAUUUUGCAAAACUGGCAGUAGAUGCUGUUAUGAGACUGAAGGGCAGCACAAACUUGGAGUCUAUUCAAAUAAUUAAGAAGCCUGGAGGAUCACUCAAAGACUCAUUUUUGGAUGAAGGGUUUAUUCUUGACAAGAAGAUAGGCAUUGGUCAACCAAAACGCAUUGAGAAUGCAAAGAUUUUGGUGGCAAAUACUGCAAUGGACACUGAUAAAGUCAAGAUUUAUGGGGCACGUGUCCGUGUUGACUCAAUGUCUAGGGUUGCCCAGAUUGAAGGGGCUGAAAAGGAGAAAAUGAGAGAAAAAGUUCAGAAGAUUAUAGGUCAUGGGAUUAACUGCUUUGUUAACAGACAGUUGAUUUACAAUUUCCCAGAGGAACUCUUUGCAGAUGCGGGAGUACUUGCAAUUGAGCAUGCUGAUUUUGAUGGUAUUGAACGUCUGGCUCUAGUAACUGGUGGUGAGAUUGCAUCAACCUUUGACAAUCCAGAGUCGGUUAAGCUUGGGCACUGCAAGCUGAUUGAAGAAAUUAUGAUUGGUGAGGACAAAUUGAUCCAUUUUUCGGGUGUUGAAAUGGGUCAGGCAUGCACAAUAGUAUUGAGAGGUGCAAGCUUUCAUGUGUUGGAUGAGGCAGAAAGGUCUCUGCAUGAUGCCUUGUGUGUGCUUUCUCAGACAGUGAUUGACAGCCGAGUUUUGCUUGGAGGUGGUUGGCCUGAGAUGGUGAUGGCAAAGGAAGUGGAUGAGCUGGCCCGGAAAACUCCUGGGAAAAAAUCUCAUGCUAUUGAAGCUUUUUCGCGGGCACUCAUAUCCAUUCCAACAACCAUUGCAGACAAUGCAGGGCUGGAUAGUGCUGAGUUGAUAGCACAGCUCCGUGCAGAGCACCACAAGGAAGAAAGCCACGCAGGGAUUGAUGUCAUCUCUGGUUCGGUAGGAGAUAUGGCAGAACUGGGGAUUUCUGAAGCAUUCAAAGUUAAGCAGGCUGUAUUACUCUCUGCCACUGAGGCUGCUGAGAUGAUUCUUAGAGUUGAUGAAAUUAUAACUUGUGCCCCACGGAGAAGAGAAGAUAGAAUGUGAAGAUUGGGCUGAGUGUUACAUCUGUUGUAAUGCACUCAACUUCGCAUUAGCUUCAGCUAUUAAUGAGUUGCAUACCAGCUAAAGAACGGAAAAAAACUUGAUUGCUAUGUGUUUUUGGUUGCAAAUAUCUAUUGGCUUGUCUCAGUUUUUGUUUGGUAAAAAACUGAUGCAGGAUGUUUACUUUAUUCAUGUGUUGGAAAAAUUUUGCUUUCUGAAUUUUGGACCACUGCUCUACUUGAAGUAAUUGUUAUUGCCCCUCAUGUUGUUUUA